AUGAGCACGGAUGAGGUCAAAUCAGAUUGUUUUCUUGCCAGAGAUUGCUCUGAUAUUUAUUUGAGUGGGAAAAAUGGCAGUGGCGUGUACACCAUCAACACAAUGGAUGGAGCAGUGCAGGUCUUCUGUGAGAUGGUCUGCGGCGGACAAAACGACAGAGGACACUGGACGGUGUUUCUCAGGCGAAUGGACGGCGAGGUGAAUUUCUUCAGGCCAUGGGAGAGUUAUAAGAAGGGUUUCGGUAAUAAAACAGGCGAAUACUGGCUGGGAUUAGAGUGCAUUCAUCAGCUGACACGCAGGCAUCAGUAUAAACUCAGAGUAGAUGUGGAGGACUUUGAAGGGCAGAAGGCUUACGCUCUGUACGAGUCUUUCUCUGUGGACUCUGAGGCUGAUGGGUACAAACUGCAUGUUAGCGGCUUUGUAAAUGGAGGAGCAGGUGACUCUUUGAGUCUUCACAAUGGAAUGAAGUUCUCCACCUUUGACAAAGACCAAGAUAAUUGGAGAGAUAGUUGCACCACGAAAUACUCUCUAGGAGCGUUUUGGUACAACAAUUGUGAACACACAAACCCCACUGGUCUGUAUUUGUGGGGGAAAGAUGAUGGCAGUUUGGUUAUUGGGCCCACCUGGUACCACUGGAAGAGCAGCUUUAAAUCUCUGAAGACCAUCACCAUGAAGAUCAGACGCGUGAUGUAG